AUUCAAACGUCAAAAAUCUAACCUCAAACACGCCCAAGUCAAAAACCUACCUCAAAAGAUGGAAAAUGUCCCGAUAGUGUUGUUUGAAGGUUAUUCCUUCGACGAAAACGAUAAAUACUACGCCAGAGGCAGCUGUACCUUAAUUAAAGGACCUCAAAACGUAAUCAUAGACACCUUAAACGCCUGGGAUGGGGACGAACUCACGGAGAAAUUGCAAAGAUACCAGCUGCAACCAUCUGACAUCAACUACGUAGUGUGCACACACGGCCAUUCCGAUCACAUGGGCUGCAAUUAUUUGUUUAAACACGCCAUACAUAUUGUAGGUUAUGAUGUAAGCCACACUGAUGAGUUCUACGAUCAUGAUUUCAAAGGGGGCGAAGAGUAUGUUAUUAACGGCGAUAUUAAGGUUAUACCUACACCAGGGCAUACUAGUCAAGAUGUGAGCGUACUAGUUUGUACAAGUCAAGGUUUAUAUGCUAUAACGGGGGAUUUAUUCGAAUGUGAGGGCGAUGCACAGGAUGAGAAUUUGUGGCAAGAAAAUAGUGUUAAUGUUGACCUACAGAGGGCUAAUAGGCAGAAAAUAUUGUCUAUUGCUGACUAUAUUAUCCCUGGACAUGGUCCUAUGUUCAAAGUACCAAAAUUUUAAUGUUAUUAAGUAUAAAUACAUACUAAAUUUGUGAUUAUAUGCCUUGAAUAGCUUCUAUAGAUCUUUUAAAUAUACUCUAAUACGUUUAUGUGCCUAAAUAUAUAUUUUUGUUGUUU